AAUUCUCAGACAUAUCUUCCUCUCAGGUUGCUGUGGUAAUGACCACCGCCCAAAGGACAAGAUUUCCCACCAAGUUCUACCAGGAGGAUAUCGUGCGCCGCAUCGACUCGCCGAAUGUAUAUGGAAUUGUACUUAGAUGCUGGCACGAUGCCGAGGAUAUCCCACCACUCCCAAGUCCGUUCACGGACCCCUUAAUGAGAUCCCUUGAUCGUGGUGAGAUCGGGGUCUCAUUCUUCCCAGGCGGUGUUCGCGACAUCGUCCCGGAGUCUCACUAUGAGCUCGUAGAUAGAACAUUUCAGUCAGGGGAUUAUUGCAAGCGUAGCGUUGAUGAUGUUUGUUCUGGCGUAGUGACCAGUAUCGAGGUACAAGCACGGCUUGUGCACGCAAUCAGCGGAGAGCAAGUAGAGGGUUGGAGAGAUAUCAGGGAAGUCAGACGUGCUACUGACGUUGACGGGGGAGAUUAUGUGAUCUACGAUGACUGGAUUGGACAGGUCAUAGAGCUAUUCGACGAACUUCUUGUUUCUGCGUCUGGCGCCUUCGUCCGCUUACCUGAAAUUAGUUCUCGUCUGACAAUCGGCGACAAGGGGCCGGUAGGUUCCACCUGGGUGUCUAUUGUUUUGUGCGCUCACUUUGUUAAGGACAUUCUACCGGACCCCGAGGCACUUCACGGGCUAGUGAAUUAUCCUAAAGGAGCCCCACUACCUAGCUCGGAUGACACUGUCAUAGAUAUGAAGCGCACAAUACUAGCCAUCUGUUGGCUAGCGGUAAAUCAAAGCUUGAAUCCUAGUGUCGCCCAACUCAAACAGCGACCAGCGCGUUUCUGGUCUGGCGAAGAUUUGACUAAAUUGACAGUGAUUAGGAUGCGUGUGGAUGAUGUACGUGUCGGGGAUAAGGUUCUACUGGAGAACGAUGCAGGUGUGCCUGUCACAAGAUACGGUGUCGAAUCAGAAUCAAAUGGCGCCAUGACGAUCAAGACCCUAUGCGUGAGGGAGACGAAAACGGUCGUCAAUGUUCUUUGGCAAGAUGGAUCACAGGAGAGCUUCCCUUCCACGGAGCUGAUUCCAUACCUGAAUCCAGAUGAAUAUGACUGCUGGCCAGGCGACCACGUCCUAUGGAAAUUUGAGCAUGAAGAGCACGCAGCCGUUGUUCAAUCGGUCAAUUCUACUGAUCGAGUCGCCGUCAUUCGUUUCACGAGUACUGGCAAGACUGAAACUGUUUCUGUUCUUGAACUCGACCCAAACGGUGUCAGUGAUUGGGCGGCAGGCACUCCACAUACCCAUCUCGGCGUGCGUCGUGGUGACAAGGUAUUCGUCCACCGUGAGGGCGCCUCAAAUGGUUUUGAAUCCCCUCGAGUUCCGAGAAUCGGCGAGGUCGAGGAGUGGGUGAGAGAGGUGCCAGUUAUGCCAGACGGAGAAUUCAGCGGUUGGAGGCGCACGAUGGCAGAUAUGGGGACGAAAAUAGCGUCCGAACGAAAAGAAAAGCCCACUGUUUCCCGUGUCAAGCAUCCAAUGCGGGACAAUGCAUCUCUGUCAUGGUUUGGAGAGGUCACUGGGCUUCGUCUUGACGGAACAGUCGAUGUCACUCAUCCGAAUGGAUCUAUGGCUAUCUACCCUCUCUCACGGUUGACCAAGCUUUACGACACUCUUGAACAAUUUGAAGAUGAUGGCUGGGAGGGUGAAGACGGAUCCGAUCAAGGCUCUCAUGUUGACAACACUGAGGGUGUGUGGCAUCUAGAUCCAGAUGGCACAUGGCGCUACGACCAUGACGAUUCAGAAUGGGAGGACGAGGAGGAUAGUGAUGAGGAUGGCGAUGGAAUGGACGUGGACACCUGGGCCGACGAAAUUGAUAUCCCGUUGGGUGAUGGCAUCCCAGAUUCUCUGAUAUCACACGAUGUAACUUCAGACGUGACCGAUUCGGACUCACUGUUCCCAGUAUCGUCGUCCAACACAUCGCCAGAUAGUACCCAAGAGAUUAUUGUUCAGGAAGAUGAGGACGGUCAUGCCGAUUCUCCAUGGAAGAAAUUCGAAGUUCUCCCAAGUGCACCCCAUGACCAUGCAUUUUAUUCGUCUGUAUCGAAUCAGCCGUCGAAGAAUUUCCUCGCGCGUCUGACGAAAGAGUACCGUGCGCUCUCAACCAGCCUACCAGAUUCAAUCCUCGUCCGUGCAUACGAGGAUCGUGCAGAUUUAUUGAGAUGCCUCAUUAUUGGACCGGAAAAUACACCCUAUGAAGACGCACCGUUUGUAAUAGAUUGGAUGCUUGACUCAAACUUCCCUCAAAGUCCACCUAUUGCUCACUUCUUGAGUUGGACCAACGGCAACGGUCGCGUUAAUCCAAACUUGUACGAGGAAGGCAAAGUUUGUUUGUCCAUCCUCGGCACGUGGAGUGGAGACCGCACGGAAACGUGGAGCGCGGCAAGAUCUUCACUUCUCCAGGCCUUUGUAUCGAUACAGGGUCUGGUGUUGGUGAAAGAGCCUUGGUUCUGUGAACCUGCGUACGAGAAAUUGAGGGGUACUGAGGAAGGCAUGGUUAACAGUCGACUUUACAGUGAGAAGGCAUAUGUCCUAUCCCGUGGAUUCGUUCGCCGCGCCUUGGAGAUUCCUCUCGGUGGACUAGAGGCAGAGAUCAACUGGUUGUACAAUUCCCAGGGCAGGCUAUCCAAAGUCCUAAACGACUCCCGAGCACUGAUCCAGAAGAGUCAGUCGGGCCCAGAAAACACAGACGCAGAUGAGAAUAUCGCAGUGCCCCGCCUGACUGCAGGCGGCAUCAUCAUGCUGGAACGAACGCUGUCCAAACUGCAAACACUUUUUGACCGGAUGUAG